AUGGGAGACCCCUUCAUCCGCCACAUCGCCCUCCUGGGCUUUGAGAAACGCUUCGUGCCCAGUCAGCACUACGUAUACAUGUUCCUGGUGAAGUGGCAGGACCUGUCGGAGAAGGUGGUCUACCGCCGGUUCACGGACAUCUACGAGUUCCACAAAAUCUUAAAAGAAAUGUUCCCUAUCGAGGCAGGGGACAUCAACCCGGAGAACAGGAUCAUCCCGCACCUGCCAGCCCCGCGGUGGUUUGAUGGCCAGCGGACAGCCGAGAGCCGCCAGGGCACGCUCACCGAGUACUGCAACGCUCUCAUGGGGCUGCCCGUCAAGAUCUCCCGCUGCUCGCACCUGCUCGACUUCUUCAAGGUGCGCCCCGACGACCUCAAGCUGCCCGCGGACAGCCAGGUGAAGAAGCCGGAGACAUACCUGAUGCCCAAGGAUGGCAAGACCAAUGCAGCAGACAUCACUGGGCCCAUCAUCCUGCAGACAUACCGCGCCAUCGCCGACUACGAGAAGAGCUCGGGCACGGAGAUGGCUCUGGCCUCGGGUGACGUGGUGGACGUGGUGGAGAAGAGCGAGAGUGGCUGGUGGUUCUGCCAGAUGAAGUCGAAGCGUGGCUGGGUCCCGGCAUCCUACCUGGAGCCCCUGGACAGUCCUGACGAGGCAGAAGACCCGGAGCCCAACUACGCAGGCGAGCCCUACGUCACCAUCAAGGCCUACACUGCCAUGGAGGAGGAUGAGGUGUCCCUGGGUGAGGGCGAGACCAUCGACGUCAUCCAUAAGCUCCUGGAUGGCUGGUGGGUCGUCAGGAAAGAUGACAUUACAGGCUACUUCCCUUCCAUGUACCUGCAAAAGUCAGGACAGGACCUGGCCCAGGCCAGACGCCAGAUCAAGAGCCGAGGGGCGCCACCCCGCAGGUCUUCCAUCCGCAACGCACACAGCAUCCACCAGCGGUCGCGCAAGCGCCUCAGCCAGGACACCUAUCGACGCAACAGCGUCCGCUACCUGCAGCAGCGCCGCCGCCCGGCGCGGCCUGGAACGCAGAGCGCUGAGGCCCCGCUGCACGAGCAGCGGCAGACCGAGCGCGCCAAGCCGCAGCCGGCGGUGCCCCCGCGUCCCAGCGCCGACCUCAUCCUGCACCGCUGCAGCGAGAGUACCAAGCGGAAGCUGGCGUCGGCUGUCUGA